ACAGUAGAAUUUCUGUGUCUCAAAAUUCUUGUCUUGUUCUAACACCAUCAACCACCAACCCCAUAAUCAUUAACCUGCAGUUUUUACACAAAAACAGGAGAAUAAUCCACCAAACAAUUCCCCAUUGAAUAUUUUUCCCUCCAUCAAAACCCCACUCAAAAUCUUGAAACACACACAAGCUUCUCAACUGUUUUAAAGGAGGAAAUAUGACAGAGAUAGUACGUUCCCCAUCUCAACAGCUGCCCUCCACCUCACAACAGAAUGUUGUCGACGCUGAUUUCUACAGCAGGGGUUGUGAAAUAGGAGAAGAAGGGGAUGAUGAGCUGCCUGUUUUAGCUGUUUUCUUGAGUGUUUUUAGGAAAUCAUUGGCUGGUUGCAGAAGCAGGAGUGGAAUUCAAGACCAUGCCAUAAUGGAGAUUGGUGGCCCUACCAAUGUUAGACAUGUUGCUCAUGUCACCUUUGAUAGGUUUAAUGGCUUUCUUGGCCUCCCUGUUGAGUUUGAACCUCAGCUUCCUAGAAGGCCUCCUAGUGCCAGUACUCGAGUGUUUGGAGUUUCAACAGAGUCGAUGCAGCUAUCUUUUGAUGGAAAAGGCAACUGUGUGCCUACCAUCCUGCUCAUGAUGCAACGACGCCUCUACUCGCAGAGAGGCCUAGAGUCUGAAGGAAUCUUCCGAAUCAAUCCAGAAAAUGGACAGGAAGAGUAUGUGAGGGAACAGCUAAACAAUGGAUUGAUCCCAGAUGACAUCGACGUUCACUGUUUAGCAGGUCUCAUCAAGGCUUGGUUCAGAGAGCUUCCAAAAGGGGUGCUGGAUUGUGUGGAGGCGGAGCAGGUGAUGCAGGCGCAGUCGGAAGAAGAGUGUGCUCACCUUGUGAGCCUCCUUCCGCCCACAGAAGCAGCGCUGCUGGAUUGGGUGAUCAAUCUGAUGAGCGAUGUUGCUGAGUUAGAGCAUCUCAACAAGAUGAAUGCACGAAACAUCGCCAUGGUUUUUGCUCCAAAUAUGACUCAGAUGUCUGAUCCUAUGACAGCGUUGAUGUUCGCUGUCCAAGUCAUCAACUUCCUCAAGACUCUGAUUGUCAAAACCCUGAGACAGAGGAGGGAGGACUCUGUGGUGGAAUGUAGUUCAGUGAUGCAUCACAAGAACAAAGGCGAAAGCGAAAUACAGGAAGAGGAAAAUGAAAAGCCUCAAAAUGAAGAUGGAAAAGGAAAAGGCCAUUGUGGUGAUAUGCUAAGCAGCAGCAGCAGCGGCGUUGAAGGUGAAGGCGGAAGAAAUCAAUCGAGGUUGCAGCCAAGAAGUUUGAAGAAAGGAGCAAAGAGAAACACUAGUCAAUCAAAGAUUUACCAUGCUGCAUGUGCAGGUGACAGAAACAAACAAGCGAACGUGAUUAGGCGUGCAAAUUCGUGCACAGGGCCGAGGGAAGCAUGGCGAUGAACCCUACUUCCAUUCAUCUUAUUCUACUAAUAUCCUUCACUGCUUGCCUUUUUCACACUCUUCCUGAUGGAUUUCAAAUUGUUGAUGUAAUUUAUUUUCUCUUCCUCAUUUGCAUACCCUUUUCACAUCACAGUUUCUUCUUUCUAUCCAUUGAAUACUAUUCAGUUAAAUGACAUUUUAUAACCAAA